AUGAAUGCUUCUGAAAAUUCCAUCAAGUCUGUAUUAUGGUUGAUUAUCUGUCCAGCAAAGGUUGCUAGGAUUCCACAGGCUACUGUCAAAGUGUUGGUUCUAGGGGGUCUUUUUGCCGUUUUGGCUUUCUGGAUUUGCAUGUUUGUUGUUUCAUACUUGUUGGAUCUUUUCAUUCUGUUACUAGAUCAACUUAAUCUCUGGAUUGCUUCAAUUCUCGGUUUCGACACGACGUUGGAAAGAAACGACUUGGCGGGUGAUAAUCCCAUCCCACUGAAUACAAUCCCAACCGAGUCUCAAAACCUAUCAAAUGACCCUAAUAUUCUUGCAGACGAACAACCAUCUUCUGAAUGCGUUGAACAAUUUCCAGAAAGACAGCAGAAACCAAGUCAAUCUAGGGGCGUUGAAAGCACUUUGAAUUUGGAAAGCAGCUGA